AUGGCAGCUAUUUCCUCUGCGUACGAGUCGUCUUUCGAUUGCGAAAAAUACCAUCGCCUUUUCUACACCCUCGAUCCUUCGGUUGCCGCUCCAAGCGAACUUCCAGCUAUCAAAGAACGUCUCCGCUUCCUUCAUGAAUUCUACUCGGAAGUAAGCCCGCAAGAUGCCCGCUUUCUAGAGUUCGGAGGAGGACCGACAGUCUACAGCCUCAUCAGCGUUGCACCCUUCACUCAAAGCAUCGUCUUUACGGACAUCUCUGAGGCCGCAUUGGGAGAGAUCCGACGUUGGAAAGAGCAGCAACCGGAUGCUUUGAAUUUCACAUCUCUGUUUACGUACGUCGUUGAGGAACUGGAGGGGAAGUCUGAAGAGGAAGCGAAGAGAAGAGAGGACAGACUCAGACCGUUGAUAACGGAGUUGAUCCGAUGCGACAUGCGCCAACCAAGUCCUCUAUUUGACGGCAGCUACAAGUCUCAGUUUGAUAUUGUGUCGGUCCACUUCUGUCUGUGCUGCUCUGAGUCGACUGAUGAGUACGCUGCUCAUGUUAAAAGACUUGCUGAUUUGAUUCGUCCUGGAGGGUAUCUCUUGCUCUCUGAUUGCCUGGAAGAGACGGUCUGCACAUUUCAAGAGGAGAAAAUUCCUCGGCCACUGUUUCUUACCAGAGAGGGUCUUCUCGGUUCAAUCAGGAAUGCUGGUUUGGAAGUUUUGAAGGAGAAGAUGGUGUACACUCAAGAAGGUGAUGAGAUCACCGAUUCAACUCAGCAGUUGUUGGUCGCUGCACAGAAGCGAGUGAUAUGAACUGGCAUUGAUGUCAACCAGAGUUCAUACUAUGUUGUCUGUGUGUUACAUUUGAGUGACUUGAUCAAACUUGGUUAUCAAUUUGACUAAUGGUCUAGACAAUUAAUUAAGGUUGAAGCGCUACAGGCGAAUAAACAAAGUGAGCAGGAAUCAGUGAAAUGAC